CCAAUGACAGCAGAUAUACGUGGUCCCCGUCCCCAACAAAAACAUAGGCGAGCUGACGACGGCUACAGAUUGUUUGGAUGGUGCCGAGUGUUUUGAUCCGCUCACGUCAUAAUGAGGGCGGCUAGCAUAACAUUUAUUAGCCUGGCAUUAACUUCAGCCGUCGUAGGAAAUGCAUUUUAUCACAAGAAACAGUUUUAUCCAUCGGUGGUGUAUAUCACUAAAUCUAACCCCAGUAUGGCGGUGAUAUACAUCCAAGCACUUGUUGUAGUUGUUCUAAUGGGUAAGCUAAUGCAAAAGGUUUUCUUUGGACAACUUCGAGCUGCUGAAUUUGAGCAUUUGGCUGACCGUUCAUGGUACGCUGUAACAGAAACGUGCCUGGCAUUUACCCUCUUCCGGGACGACUUUGCUCCAAGAUUUGUUGCUCAAUUCAUACUCCUUCUAUUUCUGAAAGCGUUCCAUUGGCUUGCAGAAGAUCGUGUUGAUUUUAUGGAAAGGAGCCCAAUUAUAUCAUGGAUAUUCCAUCUUCGAGUUAUCUCAUUAAUGUUUGUCCUCAGUAUUCUGGAUCUUUAUUUUGUGAACCAUGCAUAUGAGUCUACAGUUUCUGGAGGAGCCAGUGCUCAGAUUGUUUUUGGAUUUGAGUACAUGAUACUUCUAAUGAUUGUCGUGAACAUCGGAAUUAAGUAUGUCUUGCACACAAUAGACCUUAAUUCAGAAAAUCCUUGGGACAACAAAGCUGUGUUUCUGCUCUACACUGAAGUUGUGAUGGGCUUGUUUAAGGUUGUGCUCUAUUUUACAUUCCUUAUUAUAAUGGUACGCAUCUUUACAUUGCCCCUGUUUUUGUUUCGACCAAUGUAUUACACACUAAGGUCAUUCCGAAAGGCAAUUAAUGAUGUAAUUUUGUCCCGGCGAGCCAUUCGAAAUAUGAACACUCUUUAUCCCGAUGCCACCCCUGAAGAGUUGUCUGCUGCAGAUAAUGUGUGCAUCAUUUGCCGUGAAGAAAUGCUUACUGCAUCCAAAAAGCUGCCAUGUAAUCAUAUAUUUCACACAUCUUGCCUACGCUCAUGGUUCCAACGUCAGCAGACAUGUCCUACAUGUCGUCUUAAUAUUUUACGCAUUCCUGGAGAACGUAACACUGCUGCUAAUCCUGCAGCAGGUGCGGAAGCUCAGGCACCACAUGCACCAGAUGUUCCUCCCGUUCCUCAUCCUGGUCUUCAAAAUCCGUUUGUCAAUGGCGUCUUUCCAGGAAUGUUCCCAUUCUGGCAGCAGCAAUUCAACCUGCAACCACCAAAUCCUUUACCCAACCAGCCACACCAUCCACCAGGCCAUCCUCCCCAGCAGGAGCCAUCUACCUCCUCAGGGUCUGCAUCUGGACCACAGCCAGGACUUAAUGCUAUGCCACCACCAUUUCCUCCUAUGCCACCUGGCUUUGGCCUUCCCUUUUUCUACCCACCUUUUCCACCUACUCCUAUGCCGCCGCCAUUUGGUAUACCACCACCUAUGCCACCUCCAGGAUUAGCUCAUCUAAAUGAUGAAGAGCUGCAAAGGAUGGAAUGUGCUGCUCGAGAAGGGAUUGCAGCACGGUUGCAGUGCCUCCAAAACAUCCAGCAAUUAUUGGAUGCAGCUGUUCUCCUAAUGCAGCAGUAUUCUAAUGCAGCUGCCACAGCUGCAACAAAUUUGGUUCACGUGCCACUUGUGCCCCAAAUGCCAACCGCAUCGGCGGCGCCCACUGCCGCCACUCCAACUUCAUCCACCUCCAGUUCCUCUUCCAAUGCAUCCGCAACUAUACCAUCCUCGCAGCCAAGCAGCAGCACAAACAGGAACACACCUGCAAAUGUAAAAACACACAGCUCGGAAGUUCCAAGUAGCAGUAGAUCUGAAGAAUUAAAAGCAUCUACUGAUGUCAAAAUUUCACCAAGAUCAGAAGGUACACCAGACAGUACCGCUACUAGCAGCAGUCCAUCAGUUGCAACAGGACUAUCAAGAGAGCAAGAUGAAAUUAGAAGGCGACGUCUACAAAAAUUUUCAGGAAAUCCUGAACCCUUGGACUGAGUAUAAAGUAAAAUUGUUAUAGAAAUUUUAUGCUUUUUUUCCUCUUUGUGCUUAAUUUUGAAAAACUGGUUAAUGUUGCUCUUUUGGGAGUCUCCCUUUGUUUGACUUGUGUUAUUGAGAAAGUUUUUCACAAAACUCAGGUACCUGUCAUUCUGCCUCUGUUAAGAAAAAUUAACACUUGUAAGGUCUCUUCUCUGUCUCUUACCAAUAUUUUGGAUCCCCUCUUUUGUUUAUUUUUGUUUGUUUAUUUGUUUAACAAUUGUUGUCUUUGUAAAUAUAUAGAUACAGUACUGUACCUUUAACUUAAGGUAUAAUUUUUCUUUUUUUCGUUUUCCUUCUUCUGCAUCUGUUAAAAUUAGACCCAAACAGUAAUUUUGUUCACAUUGAGUUUUUGAGUUUAUUUGCAGAAAUAAAAUAUAAUAAUUGAAUGUUCUUUACAUGCGUAGCGAUGAUGCUCGUAAUGUUCGAUUCCAGUGGAGUUUCGGCUUAUUUUCUGAACUCGUCUGUACUUGUCUCUGUGUAAUGUGGAGUGUGGUAAAAUGUGGUGCUUUCUCAAUUCAUAAAUGAAAUUUCAUACAAAUUCUAUGAAUGUUAAUGCUAAUUCUGUUUGAAACCAGCACAUUUCCAUUCAAUUCUGUUUUCAAUAAUAUGUUGCAUUCUCUGUUUUUUCAUGAACUGAAAAUUUUCUGGUAUCCUAUAGAACACAUUGGAAACUGAAAUCGCUCACUGAAAAGAAGUUAGUUGGUGUGUUUCUGCCAAAGCAUGUAAAACGUUUGUGAGGUCAAUAAGUCUGUUUUCUUUAGUUUUAUUUUGUGUUUAAGGUGUGCUUAUAUGUUGUUAAAAAUGUGUUUUGUAAAUACAUGUUGUUAAGGGAAAUGUGCACAAAAUAUAUUGGAACACCUCUUAUUGAUGACUUUAGUCCAGAAUUAACAGGCAAGGUACCCAAUAUGCAUUAUUGUUUCUGUUUUUGUUCUGUAGUCACCAGGGAAUUCGUUUGUCCUUCUGGGAGAUUUGAAUUUGCUCUAUUGUGUUUGAAAUUUUAUGAAAAUGUCUUUAUUGUUUGUUUUAAGUAUACAGUGCUUGGUUUUGAUUCCUUUUAGGCAUAUUAUUUGUCAUCAGAUGUAGAUUGAAUUAGUUGGGAAGGGGGGUUUGUUGACUCUUACUAUUUAGUCACUAGGUAAGGAAAAUACAUUAAUCUUGAAGCCCCAUCCUUGUAUUGUUUCUGGGGAUGAGAUGCAUUCCAGUUAAGGAUGCUGUUAAGUCUUUUAUUUUCAAAAUGUUCAUAAUCAAUACAAAAUACAAUACUUCUUAUCUUUUUGUUAUCAUGCGUUUCGUUACUUUGUGAUAGUAAUUUAAAUAUUUAUGCUCCCUGUCUAGGGGUGGUGAUACAAUGAAAAGUUUCCCCCAUACCAUUGAACAUUGAAAUCGAGAAGUAUAUCAUAACAUUGAAUCACUUCCAAAAGUGAUGAAUCAUGUAAAUAUAUACUGUAAUUAGUUCAUCCUACUUUAUCCUUCUUCUGGGACUAAAUGCCAGCAAACCUUUUUUUUUUUCUAUCUUAUAGUCAGAGUGUAGUAAAACUUCUGGUGCAUUAGUUGGAGUACUUAUUUGUAUUAUAUUUUGUCUCUUUUGGUUCUUGAAAUGACAUCUGUGGUCAUAAACUUCCUUUCCUUUCCUGAAUAUAUGCAAGUGUAUUUGGUUGCUCCCUUCCCGGAUAAAAAGUACUGUUGUAGCUUUAUUUAUUCUGUGCAAAGUGUAUUAAAUGUAUGAUGAACAUGUU